AUGAAGAGGGUGAAUACCAGGAUACAAACUAUGAUUUCUAACUGCCUCAACCAUUCAGAAGAUAAAGAGAAUGACAAUCAAGAUUUUUAUGAUAACUCUCGACCAAGCAGUCCAAUGCAGAUUUCUUCAGAUUUGCUGGGUACGCGAAGAAGAUUUAGUACGGACGUUGUCGUUGAUAAUUCACAUGAAAAAAAUACUUGCAAAGGGGGUGAUGGAGCUAAACCUAAUUUAUCUACUAAAUUACUUACUAUCACUGCUGAAGAGUGUUCUGUAUCUCCCCAGCUGUCUUUAGCUACUAAUUUGGUUAAAAAUAGUAAAACUAUAUCAACAUCUGUUGAUAAUGAUGAUAAUGAGACUGCUGUUGAAAAAAGCAUAGAACCACCUCCAUACUCACCGCUGACCCCUCGCCCAGUCAUUGAUAAAAAUAAUGAAAAUUCUGGAGCUUUAUGGCCAAAUAUAAAUCCUAUUGGUAAUGAUGAUAUUGAGACUACUGUUGAAAAAAGUAUAGAACCACCUCCAUACUCACCGCUGACGCCUCUAAUUGCUAAAAAUAACGAAAUUUCUGGAGCUGUGUGGGCAGAUAUCAAUGCCAAUAAUGCUUUAUUAACCUCUAAAUCGCUCACUGAGACUUCUGCUGAAAAAAAUGUCGAAUCUGUCAAUCUAAUUUCACCGCUUCCUCUUAUGUCUCCGGAAACGGCAACGUUGUUUCAGAUUCUAGCUGAUUCGAUGGAUAAUUCCAACACUGAAGGUACAUCUGAUACACCAACAAUCGCAAGCAUAAGAAAUGGCGAAGAUCCAUUAUUUAUUGAUAGCGACGAUUCGGUGAGAGAUCUUAACUAUUGUGCUAAUGUGGAUUAUAGCUCGAGUGAUGAUAGCUCUAAUGAUUUAAUAUCUUUGAUGACUGGUACUGCACGUGCAGAAAGCAACCAAAUACCUAACCAAAUAAACAUGAGCGCUAGUCAUCAACUAGACACAGUUAAUUUAGGACCUCAUAGUACUGAACAGGAAAUUGGUCAAGUCGAUAAUGAAAAUAUGGUUUCUGUUUUAGAAACUCCUAUAAUAUCUGACAAUGCUAACACGAAUAAUGAUUGCUCACGUAAAAGAACUUUUUCUGUUCACGAAACCGGGUCAUCACUGGCUGAAAGACAGCCCAUGGGAAGACCAAAAAAAGGUAGAAAGCCAAAAUAUGGUGGGCUAUCGCGAGAAGAAAGGAAAACACGAAAGUACACAAAUCUGUCUUACGUCAACUCGAGGAAAAAGAUUGUCAGUCCUAAGAAAUUUAUAGAUUUUCAAUGUUGUUGUGUAAAAAAGUGCCACGAAAAUGUCACCGUAGAAAAGAGAUUGGCUCAAUUUAAAAAGUUUUAUUCUCUAGGAUCGUAUAAUGCGCAAAAUAUGCUUUUAACUGCUUUAGUAAAAGAACAACCUGUGAAGCGUCAUUACGUUGCAACAGACAAUAAAACCAAUGUUUCAAAGAAAAAGUUUUACUCACGCCAAUAUUUUCUAGAUGGUGUAUCAGUUUGUAGAGAUAUCUUCGUCAAAACAUUGCAGACGUCAGCAAAAAGAAUUAAUACGUCACUUUGUAAGAUGCGGUCAGAAAGUCGCAUUACAGAUAAUCGUGGUGUGCAUGGCGGGCGCAAUAGAGCAUCUCCUGAAAGUGAGGAGUUCGUGAUAAAUUUUAUUAAAAAGUUGCCGACAUAUAUAUCCCACUAUCGCCGAGAAAAAACAGACGGGGCUAAAUUUUUGAGAGCAGACAUGACCUUAUCAAAAAUAAAUGAGCUAUACAGCGAUGAAGCAAAAGCAGCUGGCGUGAAGAUAUUAUCUACUGCAAAAGUCAAUAAAUUGUUUUUUACUAAGUUUAACCUGCGUACCAAGUCUCUUAAAAAAGAUAUGUGUAAUAAGUGUGACUUUUUUGAAUGUCAAAUACUGCACGCGUCAUCGGAACAAAAUCGAGCCGAAAUUGAACAAAAGCAUUUAGCGCAUCAAGAAAUCGCAAAAUCUCUACAAAACCAAUUGAAAAUUGACAUGAAGCUUGCUAAAGAUGAUCCCUCUGUUGAAACUUUGACUUUUGAUCUCGAAAAAACGUUGCCUUUACCGCGCAUACCCACGAAUAUCGUCUUUUACAAAAGACAACUCUGGGUGUACAAUUUAGGUAUACACACUGGGAGCAAUGAUGAAGCUCACUGCAAUGUGUGGGUAGAAGGUGAAGCUGGCUGA